CACACACACACACACACACACACACACACACACACACACACACACACACACACACACACACACACACACACACACACACACACACACACACACAUUGUUUUGUUUGUACGGAUAGGAGCCUAGCCCCUCCUUUAUGGAUCCAGGGGAACUCCCAUUGGCUGGCCGCUGUAGGCCACUUAAACGUCUGACCAAUGGGACGCGGUCGCUGUUUGUGGGACCCCCGGGGUUCUUAAAAAGGGGGCGACGGGGUAACUCUAGGGCCACAUUAGAAGGGACGCCGGACCAACUCCCACACUGACGCAGCCUGAACGUUUAGCCUCAGCUGUUCUGUUUUGGUUGACUUGAGUCGAGACUUCUUUCACUCUUAACACUUUCUGCUCUCCCCCUGCGUCGCGCCUCGUGCACGGUGUUUGAGUCCGUUUGGAUACCAGCAACCCAGGAGCAAGGUACCUCCAGAGAGAAAGAGAGAGAUGCACCUGCAGCUCGAGCGGGACCCUCCGGGUAUGUUUGGGGACCCCACCAUGGCGCUCCAGCUCCACGUCGCGGGUUCUUCCUACAAACACAGUGGGGACCCCCACCAGCACCCCUCCGCGUGCCACGGCCGCGAGGACCCCUCCGUUGCCUCCUCAUACGCCACGCGGGACUUCCUGGCGCGGAACCUGGGCUUCGUGGCGCCGGAGUCCUCAUCCCCCGGGGCUAUCGUGGACCGCCAGGCCCAGGAGCACCUAUUCCGGUCCAUGACCAGCUCCCUACUGCCGCACCACCCGGGCGGAGAGCGCCCGGCGCACGGCCACAGCCAGCUCCGAUUCCCGGGAUUCCACCCACACCACCACCACCACCUCCACCACCCAGAGCAGCAGCUGGUGGGCCGGUUCCCGGGGCUCCCCGCGGGGGUCGGGAUGGAGAUGUUCAGCCAGGAUCAGCUCCACCACGGAGCGUCCGGCGCUCGAGGCGAGACCUGUGGCGACUACGGCCCCCCGGGGGGGCUCAACAUGGGGCUCGCGGGCCACCAUCACCCCGGGGCGGGGGCGUUCUUCCGGUACAUGCGCCCGCAAUACACGAAGCAGGACCUCAUCUGCCGGUGGACCGGGCCGGACCACGCGGCAGAACCGGCGGGCGAGGCGCAUCGGUUCUGCGGGCGCACCUACGGCACCAUGCAGGAGCUCGUGACGCACGUCUCCGUGGAGCACGUGGGGGGUCCCGACCAGAGCCACCACGUCUGCUGCUGGGAGGACUGCCUGCGCGAAGCACAGCCCUUCAGGGCCAAGUACAAGCUCGUGAACCACAUACGCGUGCACACCGGAGAGAAGCCCUUCACGUGCCCCUUCCCGGGCUGCCUCAAGGUGUUUGCGCGCUCGGAAAACCUCAAGAUACACAAGCGGACGCACACAGGGGAGAAGCCGUUCGUGUGCGACUUCUUCCAGUGCGACCGGCGCUUCGCCAACAGCAGCGACCGCAAGAAGCACAUGCAUGUGCACACGUCCGACAAGCCCUACGUGUGCAAGAUGUGCGACAAGUCCUACACGCACCCCAGCUCCCUGCGCAAACACACCAUGAAGGUUCACGUCUCCCUCGCCGACGCCGACUGCUCCCCAGCGACCAGCAGCGGCUACGAGUCCCUCUCCUCCCCCCAGGAGGCGGGCUCCCCGGGGUCCGACUCCCAGGGGCCCGCGUCCCCGGACCCCGAGGGGCCCCCCCGCGGCCCCGUUCCGUCCAACUACAGCGAAUGGUACACGGUGGCGGGCCAGGAGGUCCGGGGCAGCGGCUUCAUGUGAGGGCCCCACCGGGCGUCGCCAUGUUUACGGAUGAGAGACCCCCCCCAUUAACAGGCCAGGCGGGGGGGGGUCAGGUCCUGAUGCGGUGGCCGCCCUCCCCAAACCCAGUUGGGAACCUUCUGCACAGAGCUCAAGGUGCGGCCUCUUGGUCGCAUUAUUUCAUUUUUAUAAAUCUCAGGGUUGGGGUUCGAGCUGAAGCAGGUGGUGCCAACUCCCACCUGGAGGGGGGAGAUUGGGGGGUACUUCUGGGUCACAAAGGGAGUGCACCACGCCAGACCAGAGGUAGAGCGGGAUGGACCUCUGGAGAAACAUGGCCCAGGGUUACUCUGAAGAGGAGGUCUCUGAAGAGAAGGUCUCUGAAGAGGAGGUCUCUGAAGAGGAGGUCUCUUAG